GUAAAAAAACUUCUAAAGGCCUUGCUCGCUCAACCGUGAACGACGAUUCACUGUCGUCGGCACAACUUUUGCCAUGAAAACAGUGAAUUUUUAUAAUGCAACCUCUUUUCGCAACCGUCAAAACAGUACUAUUAUAAGCGUGAUAUUUUAUUAUCUUAUCGGCGUAGAUUAUGUACACAAGUGUUGGUUUUGUACCGUGUAAUGGACAACACAUUAGUUACCAGCACUCCAAUGGGUACCGUGUGAUUACUACUGAAUACCGAGAAAAUAAUAUAACCAACAAACGUAUGGAACGUAAGGAUUUGACAUUGAGUUUCCAUAACUUAAUCAAACGAGAUGAACAGCUUUACGGGUAUACGAACUACGGGAUGGAUACUCCUACUCCAGCUCCGUCAGCAUCAGGCGACUGCCUCGCCGGAUUCGGAUUUCCCACCAUGGAUUCCCUGAGUCCUGUCCUAGACUCAGACUUUGAUGAGAGCCUAGCGGUACCUGAGUCACUAUCCAUCAUAGAAGGUGACAAAGUCGACAAUAAAGAGGAAAACGGUGUUGGUGUACCAAGACAAACGACAGUGCCAUUUAAAUAUAUCCACAAUCCUCCAGUAAAGUUCAAUUCAGUGCAUAGAAAAGUGUUCAUUCCGGGUGUUGAAAUAAAAGUCAGAUUCGUAGAGAACGAAAGGAGCGUCACAACGCACUUGCUGAACCCUAAUUUGUACACAAUCUACCUUCAACAUGGCGAGUUCAACUGGACGAUCAAGAAACGUUACAAGCACAUCCUCUACCUCCAUCAGCAGCUCACUCUAUACAGAACAUCCCUGGACAUUCCAUUCCCCACCAAAACCCAUAAAACUAGAAGAGCCAGCUUCAAGAAUACUGUGGAUACAGAAGAAAAGGCGGAAAGGGUUGCCAUGCAAGCUGUGCCUAGAAGUAAUUCUAGGAGGGCUGUAAGGCCUAGAAAGAGGAAAGGGGCGUUGCCAAGAUUUCCAAAGAAACCCGAAGUUAUGGUAACAUACGAGGGCAUCCAACUAAGAAUGAAGCAGCUUGAGGAGUACCUCUACAAUCUCCUAAACAUCUCAAUAUACAGGAACCACCACGAAACGGUGAAAUUUCUAGAAGUAUCAAAUCUAUCGUUUAUAUCCGACUUGGGCGGUAAAGGCAAGGAGGGUUUGAUAUUGAAACGCACUGGCUCGACGCAGCCCGGGCAAGCCGGGUGUAACUGCUUCGGUCUCCUCGGAAACAUGGUUUGUGUGAGGUGCAACUAUUUCUGCACUGGUCUGCUUUGUGCCAAAUGGCAGGAACGAUGGUUUUUCGUAAAGGAUACCUUCUUCGGGUACAUUCGACCGAGGGAUGGCGUUAUCAAAGCCGUUAUGCUGUUUGAUCAAAUGUUUGAAGUGUCAAGCGGUAUGUACUCGACGGGAAUGAACCAUGGUCUUCAGAUCCUCAACCAGAGCCGGCAGAUGGUGAUCAAAUGCUGGACGAAGCGCAAGAGUAAAGAAUGGAUGCAGCACCUCAAAGCUGUGGCUAAUCAAACUGCUCGUGACUUCACCUACCCAAACCUUCACCACUCUUUCGCGCCACCACGAGCGUCAACGCCAGUAGGUACCCUCGUUGACGGUUCCGCCUACCUCUCCGCGGUCGCCGAUGCCAUGGAACUGGCGAAGGAAGAAAUCUUUAUAGCCGACUGGUGGCUCAGCCCGGAGAUAUACUUGAAGAGACCAGCUCUUAAUGGCAGCUAUUGGAGGCUGGAUACGUUGUUGAAGAGGAAGGCGGCUCAAGGUGUAAAAAUAUUCAUAAUGUUGUACAAAGAAGUGGAGAUGGCGUUAGGUAUCAACAGUUUCUACAGCAAAAGUAAAUUAGCUAGCGAAUAUAUUAAGGUAUUCCGUCACCCUGACCAUGCGAAAGCCGGCGUGUUGUUCUGGGCACAUCAUGAGAAGAUUGUGUGUGUGGACCAAACAGUCGCCUUUGUAGGCGGCAUCGAUCUCUGUUACGGAAGAUGGGAUGACUAUAAACACAGGUUAACGGACCUCGGCAACGAAGUCCAACCAAAAACCCUGUUACGAAUGAAGAAACAAACAUCGUCGUCUCCCGGCGGUGGACCGUACAUGCCGUAUACCAACGGACUGGAGGCUGCCUUGGAACUCGCUAAGAGCUCCAAGGAUCUAGUCAUCAGUUUAAACGACGCGACAUUAAAAGAAGUAAAGGAAGAAACAGAAAAAGAGAAUAACAACGAAGUAAAACCUGAAACAAGUGCAACAGAGAAUUCAGAGAACCUUCCGGUCUUAGAACCUGGAGACCAGCUCCUCAUUAGGAGCGCCAACCCUCAAAUAGACCCAACGAAACGGGAGAGCGCGCUAGACACGCCAGAUGUUCAACGACGGAAUGUUUUAGACAAAAUAACGGAUAGGGGCAAAAAUAUUAUUAGUAUUCUUUACCCUCCCUAUGAAGAGGAAAGAAAUGAACAGAAAUUCGAUGAUUCGGAAAGAAAGAAAGCUGAGAAGUAUGCUCUAUCAACUGAUCAAAUUUUACUGACGGAUGCGCUGGGCAUCAAACCUGCUGAAGUUUCCAGUAGGCAAGUCAGCCAGCCUACUCCCUUAGCGCAGGUCAUUGAGGGAAGAGUAAUCACUGAGGAAACGAAAGAAGUGUUGGAGCACAAAGAAGGAAACUCGAAACUCUGGAUAGGAAAGGAUUACACUAAUUUUAUCGUUAAAGACUUUAAUAAUUUAGAUCUGCCGUUUGUAGACUUAGUGGACCGUAACACGACUCCCCGUAUGCCCUGGCACGAUGUCGGCGUCGUCCUGCAGGGCGCCGCCGCCAGAGACGUCGCCCGGCACUUCAUACAGCGCUGGAACGCUAUCAAGCUGGAGAAGGCUCGACAAAACCCGAACUACCCCUAUUUAUUGCCGAAGGCGUACGCCGACAUCAAACCUUUACAAGAUCUGGACAAAGUACUCGAAGUCGAUAUCAACAAUGUCUCGUGUCAGGUACUUCGUAGUUUAUCGAGCUGGUCAGGUGGUUUCUUAGACCCGGACACAGUGGAACAGAGCAUACACGAAGCGUACGCAGACACCAUCACCAGGGCACAGCAUUACGUGUAUAUUGAGAACCAGUUCUUCAUCACGCAGUCAAGGUCCAGUCUAGCUGUUAGGAAUCAGAUAGGUGAGGCGCUAUACAACCGCAUCAUGCGUGCGUUCCGCGCGAAGGAAACGUUCCGCGUGUUCGUGGUGAUGCCACUAUUGCCGGGCUUCGAGGGAGAGGUCGGCGCGCCCUCCGGUACCUCCCUACACGCCGUCACUCACUGGAACUACCAGAGCAUCUGCAGGAGCCGCGAAGCCAUAAUAACUCGUCUAUACGAAUCCGGGGUCCCAGAUCCCUUCGAAUACAUAACCUUCCACGGCUUACGCACUCACUCAGUACUUGGGGGUGAACCAGUGACGGAGUUAGUGUACGUGCACUCAAAGUUACUCAUUGCUGAUGACAAGACCAUUAUUUGUGGCAGCGCGAAUAUAAAUGAUAGGUCUAUGAUUGGAAAGAGGGAUUCGGAAAUCGCUGUGCUGUUGCAGGACGAGCAGUUUAUAGAUGGUACUAUGAACGGUGAGGCGUAUCCAUGCGGUAAAGUAGCGGGGGCAUUGCGCAAACGACUGUUCAGAGAACAUCUAGGUCUUAUGGGUGAAGACUUAGACAAACUAGGCGUAUCUCUGGAUGAUCCCUGUUGCCACGAGUUCUAUAGAAACUAUUGGAAGGCUAUAUCUAAGAGGAAUACUGAUUUGUAUGAAGAUGUAUUCCACACAAUACCAACAGACGCGGUACACACCUUCGCUGAACUAAAGAAAUACCAAGAAGAAAACGAAUGCCUUUGGAACAAGGACCCAGCUCUAGCGAACAGGAAAAUAGACCUCAUACAAGGAUAUUUAGUAGAUAUGCCAUUAGAAUUCCUUUGUAACGAAACUCUAACACCUAGGAACACUUCUAUGGAAGGUAUGUUGCCGACUGCGCUUUGGACGUAAAGGCCAUUUAAGAAAGUUAACUGCCAUACAUUUAGGAAGAAAAUGUAAUUAAAUGGUAAGCAAAUACUUACUUUAAAAUUGUAUUGUU